CCACCAUGAUCGCCUUGUAUAUUCCAAACAAGGAAACACUUUCCUCGAGUCUCUGUGUUCCAGCUCCAGAGUUUGAUUUGCAGGUGGUCGCCGACGUCUCCCGUCGAGAUGUUGCGCCCACAGCAGAUGCUGCACGUUGGCCGUGACCGCCGUAUAAAGCUGAGGUAAGUUUGAUAGAUGCAUCCCGAGGAUUCAUAGCACCACAGGAACGUGUCCAAAAUGGCGUCCGAGACAGUAGUCCUACCUGCGGCAGUGCCGACUCAUGCGUUCACCAAAGUCGAGCCCUUUCAGCAGUCACCUGUUCAGACAACCUUCAAUCCUUCACACCAUCUAUGCUUCGAGCCUCCCAAAUCUAUCGUCACAUUGAAGGAACUCCUCCUCUCCGAGGAAGAUGCCAUUUCUCCUGUCGCCAUCACGGAGCCUUUCCCUCUGUUUACCCUCGAAGGCGUCAAGCAAAUGCGAGCAGAUCUCUUCCGUAAGGAGGUGGUUGAAAAACAUGGAAAUAGGACACUCAAGCACUGCUACAAGAUGAGAGGCUACUCCAAGGACACACCAUUCGUCGACACGGUUUGGCGCCAUGAGGAUGUCAUCAACGCGUGCUCUCGCGCCGCCGGUGUGGAGCUUGACGUCGUCUUUGACUACGAGAUUGCCCAUAUCAACGUGCAAGUUGAUGCCCUUGAAGAUGACAUGGCUUUGGGCGAUGCACUGCCACCGGCAUUUCCCCCAAACCAGUCUACUGUGACGAAACCUCCUGCCAUUGAUCAUUCUGAGGAGCUUUCGAAGGUCGGCUUGUGGCAUACAGAUUCAUACCCCUGGGUUUGUGUUUGCAUGCUAUCUGAUCCCAGCAAUAUGGUAGGAGGCGAGACCGGCCUGAGAAAGGGGGAUGGCUCCAUUGCUAAAUACAGAGGGCCACAAGUCGGCUGGGCUGUGAUGAUGCAGGGAGGCUGUAUUGAACAUAUUGCUUUGAAGGCGAAGGGUACCGGCGAACGGGUCACCAUGGUCACUUCAUUUCGGCCAAAAGAUCCCAAUCUGAAGGACGUAAGCAACCUUGGCAAUGUCAAGAGGAGCAGUAACUGGGAUGCGCUGUUUAAACAGUGGUCUACAUAUCGCCUCGACGUGCUUGAGAAACGUGCGAAGUACCUGAGAGACCGCAUCCAGGAAGGCAGCCUCCCUGCCACGGAGAUCGCGAAGCUCAUGGCCGAGUGGAAUGAGGAGCAAUUUGCAUAUAUGAAUCACACGGCGGUGGAAAUGACUGGGGAUGGUAACGCUGGCUCUCAAUACUAAGUGUAGAUACCUUGGUAGGUAACUAUAUCGAGCAGACACCCAAUCUUUGCACCGGCGCAGGCAUAGCCAGCCAUUCAAC